AUGGCAAAGUCUAAAGCUGCCAAGCGUAAGCGCAAUGCGCAAGUCAACCUGCCACAGAAGGUCGCCAAGGCUGAUACUAUACUCACGCCACCACCCGAUGCCGCGACCGAACCGAAACACCUCUCUACAGUGGUCGCCGACGAGGAUCUCGAAAUCACAAUCGAGACGCUUAAUACUCUUGCCCAAUACCCCAGUUUGACCAAGUCGAAGGCAUGCAAAGAUAUCCGAACCGCAGUCUAUGAUUUCCGCCAAUCUUGUACCACGGGCGUCAAUUCCGCCGAGGGCGCCAACCUGACGGCGCGGAUCACCGGUGCUUUGACUGAUAAGAAAUACCUCGAUGCUAAGAUCCUUCUUGCGGAGAUGAGAUUGCGGGGUGAACAGCCAAAGAUCGGAGCAUUGUGCCGUUGGCGAAGUCCAGAGGACCUGGAGCUACUUGGUGUCCUCGAUGCUGUUCUACGUGUCAGCACACCGAUCGAUGUCAGCCCGAAUGCUGUCUUCUCAACAUCUCCCAUCGGUUUCCAGUCCAUCUGGGACCUGCGCCCCUCAUCGCCACCGCUCGAAAUCUACGCCUCCGUCCUCGAUAACUCCAUUCUAAAAGAUGCCCCAUCAUCACCAUCCGCUAUUCGCAUCAUCGAAACAACACCUGGACCCCUCCGGAAGCCUCCAAACCAUCAUCCCGCUAUCCUUUAUACGACCGCUCCCAACGCGGUCCCUCUUGCCCCCGUUGGUCCGUCCAUCACCUACCACCCACAUCCCGCCGUUCCCGGCCUCGGAAUGGCCAUGAAUGUCCUUACUCCCGCUGAGUGCAAGGCUAUUAUUGCGGCUGGCGAAUCCGUCAACUUCAUACCGGAUGUGCCUCUCCGUGAAGAUGGAGAUAUGAGCGUCCUCGCUCACAACUUCUACUGGAUCAUCGACACAACCUUCCACGACAUGCUUUGGGCUCGCAUCCAAUCUUACGUGCCCCAGUCUAUUGAUGGUCGCUUGGUAAGGGGUAUCAACCGUCGCUUCCGCGUAUACAGAUAUGUCCCUGGCGCUGAGUACCGAUGCCAUAUUGAUGGUGCUUGGCCCCCAUCCGGCAUCUUGCCCGAUGACACAUACGUUUACGAUUCCUCACCGGAAAAUAAGAAGCAGAGCUCGAUGUACACCUUCUUGCUUUAUCUUAAUGAUGAGUUUGAGGGUGGCGAGACCACAUUUUUCAUGCCUGCUGCACGGGAAGGAACCCUGAACGCAUACCCUGUUCGACCAGUAAUGGGUGCUGUUGCUAUCUUCCCCACGGAGAGGCUAACGGUGCCUUAUUACAUGAGGGUACUGGUGUCAGGAAAGGAGCCAAGUAUAUCAUCAGAACGGACGUAG